AUGACAGGUAGUGGCGGUGAAUACCCGUCCAGCAGGACAGGUGGUGGCUGUGGAUACGCGUCCAGCAAGACAAGUGGUGGCGGUGGAUUCCUGUCCAGCAGGAUAGGUGGUGGUAAUGGAUACCCGCCCUGCAGGACAGGUGGUGGCGGUGGAUACCCGUCCAGCAGCACAGGUGAUGGUCAAGGCGGUGGAUACUCGGCCUUCAGGACAGGUGGUGGCUGUGGAUACCCGUCCAGCAGGACAGGUGAUAGUCACGGCGGUGGAUACCCGCCCUGCAGGACAGGUGGUGGCGGUGGAUACCCGUUCAGCAGGACAGCGGCCGACUCUGCCCUGGUGCAGGCAUACUGCUGGGCUGAGUCCCACCUGGGGAACCUCGCCCUGUUCUGUGCGAUCCUCACCCCCUCCUGCUACGAGAGCUGGACGUUGGGGUAA